UUAUAUGAUCAGUGGACACCGCAAGCUUGACUACGGUUCAGCUAAUCGUUCAGUUCAGUGGUAUCGUUCGUGUUGGCAAACAGGCAGAUCAAGGGUCCUCUGUGAUAACUUUGUUAAACUACUCUGAUCUGUUCCUUGUUGGAGCACAGAGCAAAACUGUAAAAUCAUGACUACAAGUACAGUAAGUGAAAAUUUAGCCAGGGCUCUUGUCGAGGGGCUCCGUCAGCAAAUGGACAGACGUCCUUACGACGACAUCAAGGUCAAGGUUGAAAACCAAACUUUUUAUUGCCAUAAGUUUAUGCUGAGUGCAUGCUCUCAGUAUUUCCGCCGAGAGUUUGAACAGGACAGGAGUGAUGUCAUUAAACUUAGUAACAUCUCCGCGGAAACUUUUGGUCUCAUAAUCAAAAGCAUUUACUUUGCGGAGAACGUCAUUAACGAUGAAAAUGUCUCCCAGAUUUGGUUUGCGGCCAGUAAGCUUGAAAUUCCAAGUCUGUUGGAGUCUUGCGAAAGAUUUCAGUGCGACCGCAUGUGUAGAAAGAACUGUGUCGACAUCUACCUGGACUCUAAGAAGACACACUCCGGUGAAGUUCGCGAGCUUGCCUACCGCCGUAUAAUUGAGGAGUUUAACUAUCUGAUGACGGGGGACAGGUUGUUGAAUCUCGACUUUGAUGAUUUGAAGAGUCUUCUAAAUAACAAAAACUUACCAGUAGCAUCGGAAGACGCACUGAUAGACGUCAUUUUAAGAUGGGUUGUUUUUAAUCCACAAACUGUCGAGAGAAGCGACAGUGAAGCAGAAGUGCGCGAAGAUGCCAAUCCGCGUGCCAGGAAUCAACGUCGUGUGAGAAGCAGACAGCAUCUUCUGCCAGAUCUACUGCAGAACUGUAAGCUGUGUCUGGCUAGCGGAGUUUGCCUGCAGCAGUUGCUAGAUAACCUGCUUGUCAGGGAACUGCCGGCUGCCUUUUCAAUGGUUCGUGACGCCCUCCGCUACCACCUGGACCCGGCAAGACGCCACGACUAUUGCCCUCCUAGUGCCAUACACAGGCCCUACAGCUCGUUCCAGAAUGUCAUCUUGAUCGGGGUCACUAAGUUUGGCAAACCAGGUCUGUCUUUUUGGACACCGGAUGACGAAUGGAUUGAAAUAAAAACGUACGAAGCUCCACUACACAAAGCGGUGUCUUUUGGUGAUCAUGUCAUUGUAACAACAACAACGGGACGAGCGGACAUGUACGACACAUUGAACCACACCUGGAACAAAUUACCAACGCUUGGUCAGCAGGGCGACAACUACGACAUUGUAUGCCACGGGAACUACUUGUUCUUCAUUGGCGGCGAGGGUUGUACCAGCGUGAAGAAACUGUGUCUGAAAGAUGAGCUUCUGAGAUCAGGUUCUGCUCGCUGGAAAAAGGUGGGUGACCUGCCAAAUAAUGUUUGCAAAAUCAUGACCACCACAAUCGGGAACAACAUCGUGAUAUUUGGAAAGGAUUACAACGAAGGCAUCUCCGUGAUCCAAAGCGUCAAUGUGAGCACCACCGCUGUGAGAUCCUUCGCCAACCAAAGUUUACCAGUGGACCACAGUCUGGUCAGCUUCAAGUACAAAGACGAAACGUUCGUCAUACAGCAAAAUGGAAAGUUGUGGAAAAUUGUCUCGUGUGAUACAGCCCUAAGCAUGGAGUUCCGAGGGGAUCUCUGGCAGACGCCAUUUGAGACCAAGGCAGCCAUUAUUUCAAACGACGAGCUUUUAGUUGUGGGAGAGGACAUUAAUGACAACAUGCUGAAAGAAUGGGAUACUCCCGAAUCUGAAAUGUUCAGUAGAGUGAAGAUAGUUGAAUGCACAACCAACUUUCUUAUCAACGGAGUUAUUAAAAAAGAGCAUUUUCUACACCAAGGAGAUGGGAUGGGAGGCACCUUGGGAGCUGAUUAAAAUUGCAUUUUGAUUCAAAUAAUUAUAAUACUUGAGUUAAGGCUCAUUCAAAUGAGAUUAUUUAUAAUAGAUAUCCACUUUUCCUCAAUCAAUUUGUAAUUAUAAUAUCCCAGUUUUUGUUAUCAUAUUCAACAUAAUCUCAGCAACUUUUUCUUUUCUCCUAUCAAUUUGUAUAAUAAAAAUCCCAGUUUUUGUCACACUUUGGUAGUAGUAAAAGGUUCCUAUCAUUAUUAUAAAAACUUUUUUUAAAUGUAGCAAAUUGUGUGAUAUGAUUGUAAAAUAUAUUUAUUACUCAGAAUAAAUAAUUUUUGGAUUAUUUUUUACCCUCAAUCAAUAAGCCUAUGUAACCUACAGCUAGUUAUUCACAUCUUUCAAUUUUGCAGCACAAAUACGCUUAGAGUUUGAGUGAAUGAAAUUUGAAUCCCCAGUAACCAUUCCUGAAUGGCUGAUUUGUUGUUUAAAAACUUAUUUAAAAUUAUGUAGCUGUUUUCAAAUGUUUUACUAUUUUAUAUAUUGUGAAGUCAUUAUUUACUAAAAAAUAUCUUCUCUUCAUUCACUUUACCCUUUCUCUGGGCUCCACAUCAUCUCAACAGCUUUUGCUUCACUGCCAACUGAUACAUUCACUGUUGAGUUUGGUAAAACCUAUAUUUGUUUCAAUUUCUAAAAUCUGUGGAUGUUUACAGCACAAUGUAUGUUUGUACAUCUUCACCAGCAUUUUGAAUUUGUAUCCAUUAAAUUUGUUGUCUAUUUUUUUCUCUACUGUGGUGGGUGUUUUUUUCAUACUUCUGUAAACAAAGAUCAUUGCUGGUUUGUUAUAACCAGUAUUUAAAUUUUAUAUAGCUUUAAAGAUGUUUAGACUAGUUUACUUAAGUUUGUAUCACAUAUUUUCUUACUUGUUGCUUAACUUAAUCUGCUAAAUAAAAAAGUGUAUUAUAGAACAGAACAACAAAAGUGAAAAAUUGUUACACGUAUAUAAGUAUUAUAUUUAGAUAAUCUUCUAUAAUUCAAACAGUAUGAAUCUACAAUUUAUGACACUUUUCAGAUUAAAUGAAGCAUUUUAUUUCUAUUUUUUAGUGUUAUAAUAAAUCUUGCUGCUUGUUCUAUUUAAUUUGCCGUUUUCAAUAAAAAGGUGCACUG